AUUACUAAUAAAUAAAAAUAUGUUAAAUCUUGAAAACAUAGAUUUAGUCAAUAGCACUUCAGAUCAAGUGAAAGUUAUGAGCUAUUCAUUCUUUAUAUGGACUUCAAUAUUUGCAAUUAUAAAUUAGAAGUUCCAUUUAAAGAAUCAUCCCAAAAAAGUUUAAGAUGAUAUCAAAAACAGAAUUGUGUCAAUCAUUCAUGGUGCCUUAACAUUUUGGGCUGCAGCUUAUAUUAUUUUGGGUAAUAGAGAUAUGCAUUUGCAGUUGAAUAACCAAGUUUUGGUGCAUCUAAUUCUUAGACCAUGCAAUUUACAAUGAUAAUUAGUGCGUCAUACUUUGUCUAUGAUUUCCUUGCUUGUCUCUAUUAUGAUCUUGCAGAUAUGUCUUUAGUCUCACAUCAUUCUUUAGCCAUAUGUGGAUAUGCAGUGGCAACCUUUUCAAGGUUCGGAGCUCCAUCUUCAAUAUGUAAAUCUUAUUUAAAUUAUAUUAGGGGGAUUGAUGUCAGCUGAAGUAUCAAAUUUCCCUAUGCAUAUGAGAGUAAUCUUUAGAUAAGUGGGAUUGAGACAUACUAAAUUAUAUGAAGCAUGUGAAUGGACCUAUUUUGGUAAUUAAUCUAGUUAACAUAAUUAGCUUUAUAUAUUAUCUUCAGAGGUUCUUUAGUCCCUUAUAUGGUAUGGAAUACAUGGCCAGAGAGUGAAGUUCCCUUAUUGGUUAAGAUUACAGCUACUGGAUUAUUCUUAUAAUCAGUAUAUUUCAUAUUUGAGUAAUUUCAAAAUAAAAUAUUAUAGAAUGAAAAAGAUUCUUACUAGAUAAUAUUUCCAAUAUCAAGAAAGAAAGAAGAAAAAUAUCCAUCAUUAUUGGUUUAGUGUUAAUCCUAGAAUUUAGGAAUUAUCAUAUAUUAACAACUAAAAAAAAGACAGAGUGUUUUGA